AUGGCUCGUACCAAACAGACUGCUCGCAAAUCAACCGGUGGUAAGGCUCCGAGGAAGCAACUCGCCACCAAGGCUGCUAGGAAAUCAGCACCGACAACUGGUGGAGUCAAGAAGCCUCACCGCUACCGCCCUGGAACCGUUGCCCUUCGUGAAAUUCGCAAGUACCAGAAGAGUACUGAGCUUCUGAUCCGCAAGCUGCCUUUCCAACGCCUGGUUCGUGAAAUCGCUCAAGACUUCAAGACCGACCUCAGGUUCCAGAGUCAUGCUGUGCUUGCGCUUCAGGAAGCUGCAGAGGCCUAUUUGGUGGGUCUAUUCGAGGACACCAACCUGUGCGCCAUCCAUGCCAAGAGGGUGACAAUCAUGCCCAAGGACAUUCAGCUUGCUAGGCGCAUCCGUGGCGAACGUGCUUAA